AUGUCUGGACCACACGCAUUGGGAGCCUACCCUGGGCAAGCAGGUGCGCCUGGGGCCUACCCGCCUCCUGGACCACCACAUGCUCCUGGAGCCUACCCUGCUGCCGGCCCCUAUGGCGUUCCUGCCGGACCAGUGGCUGUGCCUUAUGACCUGCCUUUGCCUGUAGGAGUCAUGCCUCGCAUGCUGAUAACAAUUCUGGGCACAGUAAAGCCCAACGCAAACAGAUUUGCUUUAGAUUUCAAGAGAAGGAAUGAUGUCGCCUUCCACUUUAACCCACGCUUCAAUGAGCAGAACAGGAGAGUCAUUGUUUGCAAUACAAAGCUGGAUAAUGUCUGGGGAAGGGAAGAAAGACAGAUGGUUUUCCCAUUUGAAAGUGGUAAACCAUUCAAAAUACAAGUCCUGGUUGAAGCUGACCACUUCAAGGUUUCCGUCAACGAUGCUCACUUGUUGCAGUACAAUCAUCGGAUGAGAAAUCUCAGGGAAAUCAGCAAACUGGGAAUUUCCGGUGACAUAAAUCUCACCAGUGCUUCGCACACUAUGAUAUAAUCUUAAUGGGGCAGAUACUUUUUAAAAAAAUGAAAUUCAAUGUAAACUUUACACAUUCAAAGUUUUCAUGUUUAACACGAGUGAAAAAUUUUACCUUUAUUCAUCAAUAUCCUUCUUAUAAAUCAUCCACUAAAUAAAUAUUCUAAUAUUCUGUCUUUAUAUGUCAUUUAAUUGGGGCAGUUUAUUCUCAAUAAUGCAAAAUGGAAAAAGAAAUAUGUAGCAAUAUUAAUGCUGUGUUAGAGUCUCCCAAAGUUUUCUAUACUUGCUAAAAUAUUUUUUAAGACAGGAAAUAGGAGUAAAUACUACCCCAGAAUUAACCUCUCUCUUGCUGGGUUUCAUAAAAACCAGGAGAUGCUACAAGAAAAUCAUUCUCC